UUUAAAAAAUCAAGACCACUCGUCUUCCCGUACGCUUAUUUCUUCCAUUGUGUUACUCAAGUUCAGGUGUUAUCCGGAAAAUGGAGUGCUGCUAUUCUACCAAGCUAUCAACGUCGUCUUCUUCAACCAUUCUCAACCUUCAGGGGUUUUCUUCAUCACCUGUUGGUAGGAGGUAUUCUAAGAACAAUUUACAUCAGGGGCUGCUGUCUUCCUCACAUUCUAAACACUUUCUUCAACUUAAUGGCAGAGUGCAGCCAUUUUACAGGCAAAUUACACCUUUAUCUUUGAAAACAUAUAGAGGGUCCAUAGUUGCAGAAGCUGGAAGACAAGGUUGGGACUUCGGUAGAUUUUUGAAAACAUUAUACUUUUUCAAUGGGCCUCCAUCUCCUGCUAAGUUCUUUGAGUUUCUGAUUGAGAAACUAUCAAGCACAACAGCCAGUGAACCACUGAAGCCAAUGGGGACUUCCGAUGUCAUCCUGGUAGCUGGAGCCACCGGAGGUGUUGGGAGGAGAGUAGUUGAUAUCUUACGCAAGAAAGGGUUGCCAGUCCGAGUAUUGGUCAGGAAUGAAGAGAAAGCAAGAAGGAUGCUAGGUCUGGAUGUCGACUUGAUUGUUGGAGACAUUACUAAGGAGAGCACUCUUCUUCCUGAGUACUUCAAAGAUGUGAGAAAAGUCAUCAAUGCAGCUUCUGUCAUCGUUGGCCCAAAGGAAGGGGACACUCCUGAUAGGGAAAAAUACAGCCAAGGAAUCAAGUUUUUUGAACCAGAGAUAAAAGGUGAUUCACCAGAAAUGGUAGAAUACGUCGGGAUGAAAAAUUUGAUUAAUGCUGUAAAGACGAGUGUUGGACUUCGAAAUGGAAAAUUGCUAUUUGGAUUUGAAGAUAAAUUAUCUAGGGAACUUCCUUGGGGUGCUUUAGAUGAUGUUGUCAUGGGAGGAGUUAGUAAAAGUACAUUUCAAAUUGAUCCAACCGGCGGAGAAACUGGUGGACCUACUGGUCUUUUCAAAGGUGUUGUUUCAACCGCCAACAAUGGUGGGUUCACCAGUAUCAGGACAAGGAAUUUUAUUGUACCUGAGGACCUUUCUGCAUAUGAUGGCCUGGAGUUACAACUUAAAGGUGAUGGGCGUAGGUACAAAAUCAUAGUUCGCAUUAGCCCAGAUUGGGAUACUGUUGGUUAUACAGCAAGUUUUGACACUAUAGAAGGGCAGUGGCAGUCAAUACGCAUUCCAUUUUCUUCUUUAAGGCCCAUAUUCCGAGCACGUACAGUACCAGAUGCUCCUCCCUUUGAUCCGAGCAAAAUUACAUCGCUGCAGCUCAUGUUCAGCAAGUUUGAAUAUGAUGGGAAGCUGAACCCAGCUUUUGCAGAAGGUGAAUUUCAGCUUCCAGUAUCGAGAAUAAGAGCAUAUAUUCAAGACCCAAUAACUCCCAGGUUUGUGCAUGUGGGUUCUGCAGGGGUUACUCGACCUGACAGGCCUGGACUUGAUUUAAGUAAGCAACCUCCUGCUGUUCGCUUGAAUAAGGAGCUGGACUUUAUCCUCACUUUCAAGUUGAAGGGGGAGGAUUUGAUACGUGAAAGUGGUAUUCCUUUUACAAUAGUAAGGCCGUGUGCCUUAACCGAGGAGCCUGCCGGUGCUGAUCUCAUUUUUGACCAGGGAGACAAUAUUACGGGGAAGAUAUCAAGGGAAGAGGUUGCCCGCAUUUGUGUUGCUGCUCUGGAAAGCCCAUAUGCAUGUGAUAAGACAUUUGAGGUUAAAAGUGUCAUUCCAUUCAGUAAACCAUUCACAGUGGACCCUGAAAAUCCUCCCCCUGAGAAGGAUUAUAAUAUAUACUUCAAAACUUUGAAGGAUGAUGUUACAGGGAAAGAAGUCUUGGAGCAGAGUCCCAUGUUAGUUUGAUGCUUGCACAUGAUCCAUUUUCAGCAUUAUUGGAAAGAAGUCUUGGAGCAGAGUCCCAUGUUAGUUUGAUGCUUGCACAUGAUCCAUUUUCAGCAUUAUUGGAAAGAAGUCUUGGAGCAGAGUCCCAUGUUAGUUUGAUGCUUGCACAUGAUCCAUUUUCAGCAUUAUUACAUGUAAGUACAAGAAAUAAGUACACAGAUCAUGGGUAUUUAUGUUAAGAUUAGAUGGCUAGUACUCAAUCCGUUUGCUACUCCCAUCCAAAUGUUACCACAAAAUUCUGUGUUCAAUAUUCUACCAUAAGUGCUGUGUAUUUCAUGGGCUCCUAGAGGUCAUCAUGCAGGCGUGGGAUUGAAUCCCUGAGCUUCCUUCCACUAAUGAAAGUUUAGUUGUAGUAUAUACAA